AGAGCGGCCAGUAGGUGUCGCUAUUAGUGAGCACUUCACCUGCGACCACAGUGGGUGUGAAACAUUGAAUGAUUGUGUGACUUUGAUUUUGGGGUUCAGUGCUAGCGUCAUUUGUUUGAAAUACAGUUAAAGUUUCCGAAAUACCUCUGCUGGCGCAACAGAAAAAUACUGUACCCAUGUGGACAUGCAGAGGUACCAGUGGCCAGGUUAUGAGAUGCAGCUUCUCAGAGAGCUGCAGAGACAACAAAACAACGCCCAAUUCUGUGAUACCAUGUUGCAAACUGAAGGUAUCUCAGUCCCGACCCACAGUUGCAUCCUCGCAGCUCUCAGUCCCUACCUGUCUCAGAAGCUGUCAGCCUCACCGCCUCCUCCAUAUGGUCAGAUGCGCCAGCUCCAGCUCCAGGCUGUCAAGGCCCAGACCCUGCUGAAGCUUGUUGGUCUUCUGUACUCUGGGGAGGUGGAGGUGAAGGGAAGCAUAGAACAGAAUGACGUGCUGUCUGCAGCCCGCCAGUUUGGGAUAACAGACCUUGUUGAAGGACAGAGCUUCUCCAUUUCCCUUAAUGAUGACUCAAACUCCUUGACACCUCAGGAAGACAGCUCCCACCUGCAGUCAUCUGAGUUUGGGGACAGGGUUGGGACAGGAUUGGACGAUGAAAAAACAAAUGCCAAGACGGCUGAAACAAGGGAAGAUACCGAGCAGCGAAGCCACGCCAACAGAGAUGAGAUACCAGGAGAGGAACAAGGAAACUCUACAGAGAAGCACGCGUGUGCAAAUGUAGGGAUGAAGAGUCUGGCUAAGAUGAAACAGAUGCAAAAGAUGAUAAUGAAAGAGACGACACAGAUUUCUAUCAAGUGUCUUUCCUCUGUGAAGGUGAAGCUGAGGAGGAGGACCAAAGGAGAAGUGUGGGAGGUUGUGAGCAUGCAAGACGCAGAUGACACACUGUCAGUUCUUUCCUCCAUGAAACAGACGGACCGUACAAAUGGUGAGCCCUCAUCUGUCCAGCCAGGCCAACUUCAUAAACCAGAGACCCUGAUUCUUCAAUCUGCCACCGCCAACUCCCCCGAACCACCACCUCACCCCAGCAACACCCCUGACUCCCAGCUUCUCUGUGGUGACUGCCUCAACCCAAACCAUAACCAUGACGUUGAGUCAGUCCCACUGCCCCAGUCUCAGGGCCCUGCAGAGGAGUCUGAAGAGCAGAUAGAGAAGCUGCUGGAGGACAUCAUGAUGGGCCUGAACAUCCUGCCAAACUUGAAGAGGGACUGCAAGAAGUCUCAUCACCUUCAACCGGGCCACGAUGGAGCACCGGCCAUGUGCCAGGUCCCGGUUACAGAGGACGAGCGGGCGCAUAGUCAAAUGCAUGCUCCCGUCGGUGCAGCAGGGUGUGUGUAUAACCAGGAUUUUGGGACACAGAUUGGUCACUCUUCAGCAAGUACAGUCAUCAUCCCAAACCCCCAGCCUAACACCAGCCACCUCAGCUUUGUUAAUUCAAGAUGGAUUGACAGCAGUCUUCUCACCUGUUGUACAGGUAUCCAUUGUUGUUUUACAGCUCAGCGCCAGCCCAGCUGCUCAAGCCUUUUGCUUGCACAUUCGGACGCUGUGCUCAUCCAGCAGCACCAACAGCGCUCUCCUCAAUAUCACUCAUCCAUGUGGCAAAGAGAUGGAACGAGCCACCAGAGCACGCCACUAUCCAAAAGUCUCAAUUGUCCAUAUCCUGAAGCACCCACAGUAAGAUCAGUCAUACCCACAUCGUUGUACUCCAGUGGGCAGAAACCACAUUAUCUAGAACAUCAGGAACCGUCUUCACAAGGUGAUCAGAACAUCCUAGAGUUUUUACCCAUGAUGAAUGAGGCUGAGUCCUUGCGUUUUUUUUCUUUACCUUGCGUGGAUGAUAUGCGGCUUCCUCGAUGUCUCUCUCCAUUAGAGCCAUUUGCCUCAGCAGCAAAAUGUCAGCCUAUCCUCAACAACUCAACCGACCAAGGCGAAAAAAUUCAGCCCCAGCCAUCUCAAAAUGGACGAUCCUGGCUCACAGAAAACCCUGGCUCACUACAGUUUCCUCUCAGUGCCAUCACUCACAGAGAAAAUAAAAGUGUAUAUUUACCACAGGAUACAAACCACAGCUGUUGGCGAUGGCAGAAACAUCCAGAGAAUCCACAAAAUAGGGGAACCUGGGCAGAAUCAGUGUCAGAAGUGAAAUCUGACCAAAGUAAGAUGAAGGAAUGUUUAAAAUGGAAACAAAGUGACACUAAAGGUGAUGCUGCGGAGCCCAAAAGGAGGAAGAGAAAGCACACAAGUCAUCCACAAAAUGCUGCCGGUUCUCUUCUGGCAUACGAUGUGAAAGUCAGUGAUGGAACAAAAAGUCAAAUUAACCUGAGUGUUUGUUCAGUCAGUUUGUCAAGCAACAAUGUGCUGGCAAAGGAAAGGGAAAUGGCCACCAGUGCUUUAAACAUACCAAACAAAUUCAUAGGGAUACCAGAUGAACCGUCAGCCAUCACAGAAAGUUCAAGGGAGAAAACCAGAGGGGCUGGGGAUCUCAGCAUCGACCAGACUCGGAUCAGGACUAGGAGCUUCUUGAAAAAAACUCAAGAGACCCCAAGUGACACAAGCCUAGAAAAUUAUUUGGUUUUAAAACCCGUGGCCUGUAGAGCUAAGAUCUUGAAUAAACAAGGAGUCUCACCCGUCAGGCGGAAACGCGGAAGGCCGCGGAAAGCGAAGCUUGAAGAGAGCUAUCCUGCCAUCAGCGGAAAUAACAGCCACGGUGCGGAAAGUGAGCAGCAAAUUGACAACAACUUGCCGAAAGAGAAGGAGGAGGGUGAUAAAACAAAGAGGAGGCAUAAAAGGCGUAGGAGGACUAGAAGUGAAAGGGAGGUAAUUGCAGUUAAGAAGGCCAAAAGCGCUGAGACCGCUGGCAAGGCCGAGGCGGACGAUAACGAUGACAGAAAACUUGACGCACCCAAACGGCAGCGGAUGGUCACUCUGAAGGAGAUUCAAAAGCUUAUCAAGCGCCAACACUCAAAAACAAGAAAGUCAAAGGAAAGCGAGGACAAGGAAACAAACGAAACUGCAAGAGAUGUAGGAGGUGAAGCGAAGGCAUGUGGCAGCAGAUGUGAAAAAUUAUUUAAGGGGACAGAAUUGGACAUAGACAUCAGUCAGCCUCAGAACGGGGACAGGAUUGAAGAGCCUUGUGUCAAUGUCACAGUUGAUAAAAAUCACAAUCAAAUUUUCAACAAAUCAACAGCUGAGUAUAGCAAAUCACGGCGAGAUGACACAAACAGCUCUACCAGUGAGACCAGUUUGUUGAGUGAGGAGUACCAUCCAGUGUUUUCCUUUGAUGUCUUGGGAGAAGAGGUGGCCAAGUUAGGUGCUGAGAGGGAGCAAGCACCGAGGAGUUCUGAUGAAGCACUAAAAGCCAGUGAUGCAGUGUCGGAUACAACGCAACAGACUACCAUCAAUGAUGAAGGCUCAUCUCACAGUGACACCCACACAGCGCUUCAAGAAGACAAAAUGCCUUUGGAUAGCAGCGUGAAUCCCCAGACUGCAGAGAGAACUCAUCCACCUUUGUCAGGUGCUGUUGGGUUCAUCCGGAGCUCAGGCUGCAAUCGAGAAGAAGAAGAAGAGGAGGAGGAAGUGGAGGUGGACGUUCUGUUUUACUCCCCAGACAAAGUGGCUCAGUCCAGAGAGUGUGAGAACAGACUGGACAACAUGAACAUCAGUCCAGAGGAAGAAGAGGAGGAAGAUGUGAACGAGAUCGAUGUGACUGGAGAUGAGGCAGAGUGACCUUUGUACGUGUGCAGUUUUUACUGUGUUGUGUGACUAGUUCAGUGGCACUUUGAUGUGCCAAGCCCAGUGUUCUCUCUAUUCUGGUAUUAUGUAUGUUCACACAAUGCCAGAUGAAGUCCAUUUUGCUGUCAAACUAUGUAUAAUAGAUUUUU